AUGGUGGCGGUUCGCGAAGUUGCUCGCCUUCUGGGUUUGGUGGGUGAUGUGGCCAAUUUGUUGUCGAUUCUGCCGCUGCUCUCCGAGGCUAAGUUUGGACACUUGAUUCCAGCUCGUGAUGCCGCCGAGAAGCCAAAGAAUGCGGAAGAGCGUCCCCGAGCAGCUCCACCGAUUUGGGCGAUGUGUCUGCUCCUAGUGGCCGAACUCUGCUGCGGGGCGGCCUUUCUCAACCCAUCCGACAAGCAGGCUCGCCGAGCAAUUGGUGAGGUCGUCCGUGCUCAGAGGAGUGCAGGACAUGGUCUAGAAGAAACUGUGAACGGCGUCAUUAAGCUUCUGGACAGCAAAGACGUCCACGAGUUGGCCAAGCUUCUGGCGAGUGUGGGUGGCCUUUCUGGCAUCCUUUGCAUUUCUGCCUUGAGUGGUGACAGCUCUGGCGUGGGAUUUGGAAUCCGCGCUGCGAUGGCACCUCUUCGAGCUUUGCUUUCAGCUGUGCACUUUUGGGGCCUGCUGGCAGUGACCGCUCUGCUGGUGCUCGGAAACUUGACUCUGCUCAAGACUUUGGUGCAGAAGCCAGCAGUUUUUGCUGCACUGGGGAACUUUGGGACCCUGGCUCGAUGUGUUGGCUGCGCAGGGGCUGCAGGAUUGGAGUCCGGCCCGAUCUCCAGUUGGGCCAUGCUGAGCGCUGCCGCAUGCGUAGCCCGGAUCUCGAGGAUAAUCGUCCACGAACAGCUGACACCUUCCGUCUGGCUGGCUAGCUGGUGGUCAAAAUCCAGAGUUUCUGUAGAACCAGUGGUGCUCACUACUUUGGGCCUGGACGCUUGGUGCCUGGCGGUGCUUCUGCUGAUUGUGCUGAGGAGACCCCGGAAGUUGGUCCUCCUGGCUGCAUUUGCAUAUCCCUGCAUUGCUCUUGCACGAGGAGCUCCAAACUCACAGCCCUUUGAAAUCUACGUCUCCCCAGCGUUGGUGCAUUCCCCGACUGUCAUGGCAGUGACAUCGGCAUUGCUCAUAUUCAUGGGCGGCUUUCCCACCAUGCUAUCCAGCAUUCUGUUGGUUCAGGUGUUGUACUUCGUCCACGGCUUAGACACUGCCAAGUUGUGA